UCCGCGCCUGGUCACACUAUAUUACAGUAUUUUAUUUACGGUCUGCCUUGAUCUUAACAUUUAUAUAUUUUACUACUAAGUGCUUUGUAUAUAAUAAAUAUAAGGGAAAGGAAUUUAGAGUCGGGACAAUGCAAUCCAUUAGCCUUUUCUUGGCUGUGAUUUUCUUCAUAAGUUUGGUCCAAAUCGAUGGCCUCCUGCGUCGCUGCUACCAGUGCCGAUCCCGCGGUGAACUGGGCAGCUGCAAGGAUCCGUUCACCUUCAAUGCCACGGAUGUGGAGCAGGAGCCCGGCGUGGCGGCCAUUCCCUGCGCCAGUGGCUGGUGCGGCAAGGUGAUCGAGGGCGGCGGCACCUACGCCAUCGACGACUACGACCUGGCCAUCCAGCGGAUGUGCGUGCAGCGCGGUCCGGAUGACAACAUGGACCGCUGUGCGGACACCAUCUACAACUACAAGAAGGUCUACAUGUGCUUCUGCCAGGGCGAUCUGUGCAAUGGAACGCGGAGCUGGUCCAGUCCUCCUUCGAUGAUCCUGCUCCUGAUCCUUCCCCUGCUCCCGGUGCUGCGGCAGUGGCUCCGGGCCUAGACUGUUUCUGUGCUUUUAGCCUGCAAUGUAUAUACAUGUUUUAAUACUCAUCAACACGAAAUGCAAUACCUACAAUUUUAAAAUACAAACCUUUUUGUUAAUA